UAUUAUAUUUUGUGGUUUGUGCGCGCUCGUGCGAGCCCCGAUUGGACCGAGAGCGAUCGCGUAUUCGCGCGUUUGCCGCAUUGCCACCGCAAACUCGAUCCUUCGAACGGUGUGUGACGCGCGUAUCGCGAACUUCGUUGGCGACUCGAAUCUCCGAGAGUGGGAGAUAAUCCAAAGAUUUUGCGAAUCGAGCGAGAAUUUCGUUCGAGGAAGAUGUUUAGUGAAAAGCGUCGUCGAAAUGCAAUCGGGCGAUGAUUAUUCGACGAAAAAUACGCUGAAAAGCAGUCGCUUCUUGUCAUAGUGCGCCGAUACAAAGUUGUGCUUGAGUGAGUCGUUUGUUUUUCAUAUUUCAUCAUCCUCGAGGCCGUGGUUGAGCGCCGUUUCAAGAAAAGUGUUCAUUUGAGUGAAUAAUUACGUUCGAUUAUUUGGAAUAACGGGGGCCGGCACGCCAACUUCCAACCGUUUUUUCAGUCAUCGGGCAACCCGCGGAGCUACUUCCAAGCCUUUUCCCUCCUCCCGUUCGAGGAGGCUGGCACGGAGAAGCACCGAGAGCUUCGCGUAUUUCUUUCGUUUUGUUCUCGUCGCACAAAGUUCGAAGCAGCUCGCUCGCGAGCUUGGCAAAUGACUUUCGCCUAGAGGAAGCGAGGACUCGCACGAACCUGCACGUUUCCUCAGCCUCAUUUGUUAUCCCGCGCUGCCGCUGCUUCGCUGCCCUCUUAUUUAUGUUUUGUCCAACAAUCACGUGCUUCGGCCCGCCAGAGGGCGUUCGCACUUUGAACGACGUGCACGUGAUUCCCCGAGCUGGAUAAUUUCCGCACGCUCCGUGGAAAAACUUCUCGGAAUAUUUGUCUUCGAAUUUUCACACGCUCGACGCACGAUAAAGUAGCCCAAAGGCCACAUCGAGUGGCUUUUCCCACUCGCCAAUUUCUCUCACGCCCAUCGCAAGUGUGCUGUACAAAAAAUCGAGAAAAAAACCCUCGGACGGUGCGCGUACGCUCAAUGAAUUAUUUCAUUAAUACACGCUGCCGAAGAGCGAGGCUGUAAAAGUUCGUUGAACCAGUCGACACUGCGCUCCGGCAUUUUCUCGCUUCGGGCUCUUUCCGUACCUCGUUUUUAGUCACAAUACACUCUCCACACGGAGCCCUUGUUUUCUCAACAACAACACCCUUCCAGCUUAUUCACGAGGCCCCGCGCUCUCGCUCUCUUCCCUCCAUCCCGUUUCUCACAGGCGCAUACGUGUGUGCUUCUGCUGGCGCCUCUGCAAAACUCUCACUCUCGUCACUCUUGUUCUCUCGUCGCUUCGAAACUUUCGGAACGCCCGGCCCCCCCCCCUCCUCUUUCUAUCUCGUACGCGUGAGUAGAUUCGCGGUGUGUGCGUGCGCGCGUGUGUGUACAGAAGUCGGAUAAAGUGGCUCGCGUGGACGGAGGACAAAGGGGUGCGAGUACAGCGAGAAAGAGCGAGCAAGUCACGUCGACUUUGACCCUGUGCCGACGAGCCUGAGAUUCUCACCGGAGUGAACAAACAAGCUCGAGUUGCAUGUGCACACUGGUGAAGCAAAAAUGAUCGAAUCUCCGAUCGGCUGGUCCGGGCUCGACUAGCCAUCGGGGUCGAGCGAGUUCCUGGAUUAUCGGGAGACAAAAAAGUGCUUUCGCGACCGAAUGCUCGGCCGUUUGGGCGCUAGAAUGGUGGCACUUUGGACAAAGGAACGUCAUGUUGCGGGACCGAGUGUGACAGCGCAAAGACGAAGGACCAUAUCGAGCGUCGAGGAACAUCGAUACUACUGAGGAUUUCCAACGGCAGCGGAAGCUUUCGGUCUUUCGGUACACGGCGCAUCGAGCCACUCGGAGCGACGAAUGAGCCCGAAGUCUAUCAUGAUAGAACCGUGAGAAGAAAAAACAAGGGGAUCUAAUAAACAAGGAAAAUAAUGGGCGAUAAGGAAAGUGCGCGAGGAAUGUCACGCGUCAGAGCUCAUCAACUGGCACGUUUCGCCGUGAUUAGCCUCGCAGCAAUGCUGACAAGCUGUCGGCAUGCUGCACGAGCCAGCGAGUUCCCCGAGAGGGAAUGCUGUGAUCCGAUUUAUCCGAUACCAGAACCAACGAGCCGUGCACCAUCGGCACCCACACCCACGGGAAGAAGCGGACCGAACAUCAAAACGCCGGUCGCCAUUCUCAAUUGUCUCUACGCGAGACAGCUCUGUUUCGAGGACGCAUCUUGCAGUGCUAUUUUGCAAAUAAUACCUCGAGUCUGUGGCCCGGAGUUGGUGGCGUGCUCAACGGUAACUGUUACGAAAUGCCAAGCAGCGCUCCACACUCUUCAAGCAUUUCCUUUCUUUCGUCCCACCUGUCUCUGCAAGGAACCUCACGUGGAUCCUGAAUGUAACAGCUUUCAGAACUUCCUCUUCGAUCAUCCUUGCGUUUACGUUCUCAAGAAGGACAAGGACCCGUAUCCAAUCGACGCUCUAUUAACGUGCAAUCACGCUCUGACCGAGUGUCAACGGGACAAGCCGUGUCUGAAGCUGUACGAUGAAUUCAAAGUGAGCUGUCGUGUCCGAGAUGGAAAGUGCAAAAUGGAGAGCCGUGACGCUUGCCACGACGCCUGGACGCAGCUCCGACUUUCACCAAUGUUUGGCUGCAUCUGUCCAAAGAAUCAGAUUAAAAAACGAUGCGAUAAGAUUUUCUCGACCGUCAAUCACAAUCCUUGCGUCGACUUUCUGCCCUCCUCCGCGUCCGUAGACCUAUCGGGAACAGACUCGGCCCUAUAUCCGUUCGACCCCCAGCAGGAGAACUUUCAAGAGAUCUGGUUGCCCCCGACCAGUAUGUAUCCCUAUUUUCUAUUUCCGGGUGUAUCGGCAACGGGAAAAACGUCUUAUUACGAUAGUUACGAGGGUGACACGUUUGAGAAUCGUCGUGGUGACGUAACGAGACUAGACAAUCGUAAUAACGAUCCUCGUGGGAGGAGUGAUCACGAAGUACCGGAGCUACCGGGCGGCAUUCGUACCGGAAGUCCGAGAAUCACCGUUUACGCUGGACGAGACUUUGGCAAGGAGCGAAACGGUGAUCCGGAGGCGGAACGCGUCGAACCCGGUGGCUCCGAUCCCUCGGAUCAUCGGCAAAUCACCUCGCACAAUAAUCAUGAUAAUAAUGAUAACGACGACGGCGAGGAUCCUCGGGGAAUGAUUUACGGUCGAAUUGGUGGUAGCAAAGUGAACGGUUACGGCGAUCAACAACGCACAAGGUCGAACGAAGGACGUAGAAUUAACUUAGGCAUUGCCCACGGCAACGACUUGUCUCUCUCUUCUUCCUCCUCCUUCUCCCCUUCAUCUUCAUCUUCUUCUUCUUCUUCGUCUUCGUCUUCUUUCCAUCCUGGAGAAUCGAAGGAACCAAAGCAUGAGGACGCUUCGCGCACUGCUCACCCCCCACAAUCCCACCAUCCCGAAAAGACGCAUGACCCUCAAACGAACAAUCAUCAGCACCGUCAUCGCGAUCGGCACAAUCAGCACCAACCGAUUCAACACGGCAUCGAUAAUCGCCACGAUUAUCCUGCUUCCCCUCGUAAUAAAGAUACGUCCGCACAGAAUCCACCAGUAGCACCACCCGCACCCUCGCGCUCAACCUCACCAAACUUAGACGCACUCGAUCCCAACGCAUUUCCGGCCCCGCCGCCAUAUUGGCAACGGGGAAACAACUACGGCACCAAGGCACAAGCACCACCACGUCCCACCUACUACUAUGAGCACGGUGUCGUCGUCGGUCGUUUCGACGACGACCACGACCACCACCAUCACCAUCACCACCACCAUCACUUUGACAAUGAUGGAUCGUCUGGCUUCUCCUUGCCAGUCGAUCGACUCUUCGAUCUCCGAGAGGCUUUCGACGGUUUCGUCGAUCAAGUGAAGAUUAUUUCGCAUCCGGACAACUCGACGAGCGUCGAAGUAAUCGAAUCCCAGUUGGAAAAUCCGCUGAUCGACGCCGACCACAAAGACCUCCACGCCUUGAAGCAGUGGCCGCUUCCGGGCCUGCAUCAUCGACCGUACCACCGAAAAAAUAAUACGGGAGAAGAAAAUGAAGAGACAAAUAACGCAGGAAGUCCCCAAGGCUCCGAGAUUGACAGGACGAUACCGCACCAGCCUCUGAAGCUCGUUCUCUCCAGCACUUGCCAUCACGCUUACGCCUCGUGCAAAAACGAUUCCGAGUGUCGAACUCUUCUUCAACCGGUGCUUAAUCACUGCGACGUGUCGAGCUGCGCACGUAACGAAUGCAUGAACGCCCUUCAACAUUUCUACAAGAAAGCCAAUCACAAGCACUCCAUGGAAAUUGCCUUCUGCCUGUGCAAAAAAACCGAAGACAAACGGGACGAGUGCAUCAUUGCUCAGGAAAAAAUGCAUCCGGCAUGCGCGCAGCGGGUCGAACUCGCAGAAAUGCCGACCUGCCACAGCCUCGCGGAAGUUUGUCGGGAGGACAAAAGCUGCAGAAUAAAAUUGGAGCACUACGAGCAGAGUUGUGCGGUGGACAGCGUGACAAAAAAAUGUGCCGGUCCGCCGAGCGAUUGCAGAAAAGCGAUGCUCGGUAUUUUGGGAACGGAGUUGAGAUCGAACUGCGCCUGCAAGGGACAGGAUUUCGCACAGUUGUACGUUUGCCUUGGAUGGCAGAGGCUGCUCUGGGUGAAUCCUUGUGUCGUCGAAUCUCAAAAGGACUAUCACGCCAGAAAAAAGCACCAUCACCCGGGACACCAGCAUCCAAAAACGAUGUCUCCACCGCCGACGCUUCCAACGACGAGUACGACGAUGAGCACGUAUCUCGUCACCACCCUCGAGGUCAUUGAGCCCGUGGAGGACAACGUGAUUCCGGAAGUGACGAGGAAUCCGACGACACAACCGAGUCCCACGACUGAGACGAGUACGGUGACCGUUCCCACCACGACUCCGAGUACGACAACGCCGACUACUCCAGCCACGACGACGCCGACGACGACAACAACUACGACGACGACAACGCCACCGCGUUUCUGCGUGGUACAAAGACCGACCCAGAGUCAUCAGUACAUUCGCGAGGGCAAAGGAAAAAGGCUUUACCGAGAUAACGAGCCAGAAUGUUCGGAGCUUUGUCAGUGCGGCGAGGGCGAAGUGCUCGUAUGCAACACUAUAUGCGUAAAGCCAUCACCGUGCAAGACCGACUUCGCGUUUUACAACCAUGCCGCGCCCGCUUACCAGGCUUAUCGUGGACGUUGUCUCUGCUACAGCGGACGAUUCAUAUGCAUGCGGCCCUCGCCCGAGGCCUACAGCAUACCUCACGGAGUUUUCAUGUUCCUGGGAUACAGCGAGGCCGACGAAACGAUGCUGAGGCCCCACAACAACCUGACAGUCCUCGACGCGGUCAACUCCCUGGACAAAUUCAUGCGCGAGGAAGUCAAUAACCAGACGGUGUGCACCCUCUUCCUGUACAACGUUACGAGGGAGAAUGUAAUUGCGGUAGCACGUCUCGGCGGGGAUAAUCCAGCCUUGAAUAGCAGCCAGGCACAGAGCCUGCAGCACCUGCUACGCGUCAAGGAGGAAUGUAGCGGGAUGCUGCAAAAUCUCAGCGACAAAAUAAACGGGAGACAUCAAGAGGUUCAUACGCAUCCUCUGCUCUCGAUAUUCAAGAUGGCCGAAGUUGAGAUCAAACUGCCUCAAGGCAGUUACGCCAGUUUAUCGAGGACAUCUUCUUGGCUACUCGUUUUACUCGGUACAAUGGCCUCCUUCGUACCCCGAUCCAAGAUCUUAUUGUCAAGUAUGCGUCACAAUAAUCCUCUAUCUCGGAGCAACUCAGCCUCGUGACAGAAACUUUAACGUUGCGGAGCUCUUAUCGGGCUCCGAAAUCAUCAUCAUCCUCAUCAUCCCCGUAGACUUUGCCGACUAAAUAUUAUCUGUGUACUAUAAAACUCGUUUGUAAUACUACUUUUACUUUUCCUAUCGUUAUUUUAUAUUCUCACUUAUUUUUAUUACUUUUCUUCUUAUCUUUGUUAUCAUCGUUGAAAUAAUAAUUAUUAUUAUUGUUACUAAUGCAAAGUGGAGAACGAAACGUAACCGAGGAGAAUAUCAACGGGAAUGAUAUAGCCUAAGCGAUUAUUAAACCCAGGCUGCGUAUACUAUUACAAAUAUAAUAGAAUCAAGAAAUAUAUAUAUAUAUAAUCUUGCAAUCCCAGGAUUAAAAUACUGUAUAUAUGCAGACGCUCAUGAUUAAUAAUUAGUCAUUACAUGAGGAUGAACACCUACGAAUAAUGGAUUAUACGUUUCAUUUGUAUUGCAUCGAUGCGAAGAUUGUAAAUUCAUUUAGUUUCGUAUUUGUAUAAUUUUGGGAGUUUGUAACGGUUUAAUAUUUGUUAUUUUUCGUUCGAGGAGCCUGCGAUGAUUGGUCGAACUUGAAUGAUUUCGAGGAUAGUUAAGCGAAUGAUUGACUUUUGGAUUUUGAAAUGUUUUAAUCUCCGUAGACACCACACUCCAUUUGAGGUCACACUCUCACCACACUGGUGCAAAUUUGCACUUGGACUUUUCAAAACGUUUUUAUUUCAUCGAUUAAUGUGUGGAAUGAAUCUUACAACGAGACUUUUUGGGGGUAACAAUUGCCGAGUGAUCGAUUAGAAUGGUUAAAAAUAUUGAAAAAUACAUUUUUUUUUUAAUAGAAAAAUGAGCAAAUUGAGGAAAGGAGUUUUGAAGUUUUAGACACUUGAAAUUUUCGUGAGUGCAAAUUUGCACCAGUCUACGGGUUAAAACGGAGCACGUUUGCUGCUGAGUUUUCACUCGAGGCUGGUGACUCCUCGGGGUUUGUGAGAUGGGAAUCGAUGGCUUGAGAUUAUUCGAGUUCGACCGUCGCUCGAAUAGGGCGGACGAUAAAUGGAUGCUAAUUUAGCGCACAUAUUUUGAAUGGAAAAAUCGAAGUGACGUUUUGAACGAAAUUUCGAUUCGUUCGUACGCGAGAGUGGAAAACUCAGUGGGGAAAAAAGUGACCAGUUUUUGGCACGACGGCUCAAUAUAAUUCGGUUUCUCUCGAUUAAAUUACGUUUUCGUUUCGACCGGAGCUCGAUGCCCUCGUUGAUAAUUCACAGGCGAACGAUCUAUAAAAUUGAGGCGAAAUGAUACACGUACCGAGACUUUAUGAGCUUGGAAGAAAUCACUGCUUCACGGAUUUCGAGGUUUCUCCUGGACGAUGGAUUCUCCGGAAAAGAAACAGCCGGAGGCAAACGUUUCAUUUUCUCGGAGUAUUAAAAUUCCGAGAGAAACCUGAAAGAUUUUCAUGGACGUUCGCCUGUCGGCCUCUUGGCGCACUGCGGUCCUCGUCGAAGUCGGGUUGGUGAGAUUCGAAAGACGCAUUUUCCCCCACGAAAAAUCCUCUCGAUUAUCAAUUCUGUUAUAAUCACACCCACGAAUAGCGUUCGCACAAAAAAUCCUCCCUAUUUUUGUACAAAACGGAUUGCAUGCUUUCGCAAACGAAACGAAGACUCCGAGGGCUCCCUUCCUCGGAGGAUUCUCGUUGCUGAGUUCCCGCCGGAGCUCAUUCGCUCGGGGUUAACAUACGUUGAAUUUGUCGGGCGCGCGGGAAACUAUCUCGAAAGAUCAGCAUAUGAAGAGCUCGAGAAGCGGGAGAGCAAGGAACUCGGGACUCCCCGAAAAAGAUGACAAGGCAAACAGCCUCGAAAGGGAAAAAAGGCGUUACGUUCGCAGAGGACAGGAGCACGGAUAAAAAGCUGAAAAGAAUGAUGUUUCCGUAUAUAUAUAGGAAGAGUGGCUUGUUCGAAGCCACCCUCUGAAUAUCGUUGAAUCCACCCCACAAUGGUCGUUACGGAAAUUACUUUCGCACGCGCGGCAUUCUUCCACGGGGAAUAUCUUCACCCUCGAAUAUCCCAUGAUGGCGACCGAACCAGCCCAUUUAUACACCUCACAGCUGUUUUUUCGCUUCGAGUUUUGCCCUCUCUUUUUCCCCCAUUCGGCUUCCUUCUCCGGGUACUCUCGUCCACGUUUGUCGGGCGACGCCCGCCGCACAUCUUCCUGUGCCCAUCGGAGUCUCAACGCUCAGAACUACCCAAGCAAAUCCCACCGUAUUUCCCUUAUCUGCGUUGUUUCGCACAACGCGAUUCGCUUUUUUUUGGACGUUGCUGUUGCUUUUUUCUUUCUUUAUUUUUCUACUCUUCGCUACCUUCGUUAUCGCAACUCUCGACUCUCGAUACAUCCGAGCCGAGACGUCGAGACUAACGCGGCUCUUGCUCGCUCACUCUUCCGCGGUGCUUUUCGACCCUGGCUCGUUGUGGUUUCUCCCCCAUUUUUCUUAUCGCGUGUACGAAAUCGUGAGGAAACUUGGCUUAUUUUUUACACACUUGCCACAAGGGGCUGCUCAGAUUUCGAAUGAUGUUUCUUCGCUCAGAACGGAAUCGUCCAAUCUCGUGAGACGCGCUAAAGCUCCUUGACAUUUUACCAUUUUUUCUUCUCCGCCUCGCUUCCCUCAUCGCGAAAUAUUAAAAUCUUGUAAAACCCGAGCAAAUCCAACCCCACAGGUGCGUUCUCGUCCUCCUUCGGCCAAGAUUCCCUCGCUCGUAACGCCCAAGAAUGCACCUCUUAGCGAUCGACAUCAUCGGAAGUUCACGUGGCUAAUGAACGAAAAAUUACGGAAUUUCGUCGAGCUCGAAGCGCGAGUACGGUGGUGGGGGGUCAAACAUUUUUCGAAUCUCACAAGCCCCUAUAAAAGUAUGUGCGCACUCGUAUAUCUGGUAAAGAAUAAAAUGGGAAUGAGUCGAGAGCGAACCUGCGGCGAGCGCCGCGUUAUUUUCCAUUCCCGAAAUUUUCGACAUUCGUUAUUUCGAUGUUUUUUUUAUCGACUCAAAGAAGUGAGCAUCAAGGCGUUCACUGAGAGAACAAAAAAUAGGAUGUAAGUAGAAAGAGGAAUUGUUAGGCGGAGCCGCGAUGCAAAAGUCAGAGAAGCGAUGCUGACAUUUUUUUAAAUACGAAUAAGCAAACGAUUCGCGUAACGGGCAAUUUUAUAAAAAUAAAAACAUUAACGGAAUGAUGAAAUGACGUUUCCUCGACCGCCGCGUCGAUUCGUAGCCGCAAAACAUAUCUGUAAGUAGAUCAACCGAACCGAUAAUGUACGAAGGUUUAAAAACACACAGACACACACAAGAUUAAUAAGAAAACCGUGAUUAUCACGGCUUUGAAGAAAAAAACGAAUGGAAUAUUUAUUAUCAAUUAUCGCAUAGUGCUAUAAACAUAAUGAUACAAAAGAGCAGCAGCGUGUGACGCUGCUGAAACCCGGACGGUUCCCUUCGUCCACCAACAUAUGAAUACACACGUAAGCCAUAUCGUUUGUAUAAUACGCGAUAUAAAGAAGCGACGUUGAGAUGGGAGAGUGUAAAAAACAUGUGAAUUUGAAAGAGAAUCUUGUUACUAUGGAAAAAUAUUUCAUUCAGAAUCGUACGUUCACGUAGGCGAGAUAAAACGAAAGUUUUUAUUAGAAAAAAUUCUCAUUUACAAACUCAAACGAUUCCACAAUUAUGAUAAUCCUGUUGGUGUGUUUUUUUUUUCAUACUCAACUUCGAUGCAAGCACAACUGAGAGCGCCUCGAUUAUUUCAUAGUUUCGAGCAUUAAAAUAAGCUCAUUUUGCUACAAUGAUUUUUUCGUAAAUCUUCUAACGCUACAACGAUUGUUCAGAUCGAAAGUCUCUUUGCAAAUAAUAAUCCAAGAGAAAAGCUCCUGAAAGCUGGAGAACGUAAAAAUCGGACUCGACGAAGAAUCAUGAUUAAGGGGGAGGAAACGUGCUUCGAGUACCCUCCAAUUUUUACGAGCUUUUUCCUCGAGUGGACCAUCGAUAAAGCGCCCGUUGCAUCAACCGGUCGAGUUUUGAAUACGUAAUAUAACGUAUCGUACGUAUCCGGAGCGUGGCGACGACCCUCUCCGUAUGCAAGUAUGAUGGAACACUGCGAUUCGUCCCUGCACUCGCGCUCGCCCCGGUCGACCUUCUUAAGUAGAACGUGCACGAAUUAGUCAGACUUGAGCGAUCUUAUAAAUUUUCAACGUUCUCUAAUUCUCGUUGACAACUCUGUCAUUUAAUUCGCUUCGAUCCGACCCAAUUCUUCUCUAAUUCUUUGCAUUUUCCUUUUUUCGUUGAAAUUUCCAUAGAAAAAUCGAUUGACCAAAGUUUCCAUGUUUUCAACGAACAUGCGCGCUUUCCGAAGCAUCCAUCCUCGCGACUAACUCUGCGGAGGCAAUGUGAAUCGCUCUCUUCUCGCAGCACGACCAAAUAUGUAGAGACUGCACACCGGAUAAAUAACUUUUAAAUAUUCAAAUACUUUGCACGUUAAAAAUUCGCUGCUGCGGUACACUUCUAUUGGCAUUAAAUCGUUUGAAUAAUAAAAAUUAAAAAACUCUUCAGCACCUCCGAUAAAUCCAAAAAUUUCAUCGAGCUGCAACGAUCCAAAAUACUUUUCACAAAUUUACGAUAAAACUCGCAGGAUUCACGAUCGCGAUUUGAAAAUUGUAUUUUAACCUCCCAAAAAACAAGCAGCCCCGGGCUUCUCGAUGAUAAUUAAAACCAGGAAUGCGAGCUAUUUCGAAUAUGAUGAUUUGCUAUUAAUGGACAAAGAGCUUUAGGGAUCAAUGAUGGGCCAAUUCCAAGUACCAUUCCCCAUGCGUAAUUCUCCAUUACGACUUCCUAUAUCUAAUCUACUGCUGGCAUUACGAUCGUCGACACAUACACACCAUAAAUAUGUAUAUACAUGGGUUUACAUAUAUGAAUUUGUGGAUGCGUGGAUGCGAGUGUGUUUUGUGCGCGACAUGCCACGGUUAUCGGAAAAGCAAUAAUGUACCAAGUUUAUGAUACGGUAGCGAGAGGCACGUCGCUCAUGCCACCGUCAACUCUCUCGGCUCCUUUCUUCUUUGGCCUCGCUGUGCACAUUCUGCGAUUUAAACGCAUACCACGAGUGUACGUGGACGCUUUUCGAUAACUGAAUAUUAAUACGAAAUUCCCCGUGAGAAUGGGCCGGGGGGAUAAAAACUAAUUCGAUUUGUACAUAUCUUUCAAUGAAGUUUCGUAUGCACUGGCGAGUUACUGGAGCCUCGCACGAGCUUACCUGCUUCGAAGCAAACUUUCGCAAUGUCGCGACGCACGUGGAGAACUAAUGCUUGUAACAUUAUUUCGCACAAAAGUGAUGAGAGCUGAAGUGAUUCAAAGAGGAACAAACUUAUAGGAAUGUAAAUAAGAAUUAAGGUAUAAAUACUCCGCUGAAAAUGUGCUUGAAUAUUGCUUUUCGUGUUUCGUUGGUUUUCCAAUCUAAUCGACGAAGCUCUACUGCGAGGUAGUUUUUCAAUCUUGUCUAAAGCGAAUGAAUUUCACUUUUGUAAAUAAUAUUUUUCCGGAUAAUCCUGUUGUUUGUGACGGAGAUUUAUCGAGUGCGUGCGUGUGCGUGUGUGAAACGAAGCGAGUACGACGGAGAGCCUACGUGAACGCACUUGAUUCUGUUGAUAAAAUGAUCGUGUACAGUGUUGGAGCGAGAGGGAGACGAAGAUCGAAAAUCUGUAUGAAUGUAGUGAGUGUUUGAAACAUUUGCGAUUCGUUAGUUCCUCGUUUCGCUGUUUUGCCAAUAAUUUUUGUUACUUUAGUUUAAAAAGUUUGCGACUGUUGCAACAAACGUGUACAUAAACUAGAUAAUUGAUGGAAACGAAGACCAAUGAACCACCACGAGAAAAUGGACGGCUCGCUCUCUCUCUCUAAUUUGUUAUCAGCAUUGAAUUUAUUUAUAUUCUUUCUUUCGUUAACCUUUUUGUAUUCGCGCCAGAGGCUAUUCACCAGUCUGUAAAGAACGAACAUUUGGAAUGGUUCAAUCGCAGAAUAGACAGUCCGGAAGCAAGCGAGGGUCGUGAAGAGGAGGGGAAAAAAUAGCGAGAGAAAAAGAGAGGAAGAGGAGGGAUUUGAAUCGAGAGAGUUCGUUUCGGUAGUGAGAGUUGAAAUUUUUAUGACUGGCGAGAAUUAACGGGUCCUGGUUAUCGACACAUCGAAAGAAAAACCUUGUACACAGUGCAUCGAUGCAUCGAUACGUAUAAAUAUGUACGAAGCGAUGACGAUCGUUGUAGAGAGCGGGGUUUGCGUUCAGUUGAGCGAAAAGGAUAAACUACCGAGAGACGCGGAGCGAAAAAGGGGGACGUGGCAAUGUUCGAGGGGAGUAAAAAGGAUAGAGUAUAUCGAAUUACGAAUCGAUAUGGGGAACAGAACGAUACAUAAAGGCGAGAGAACGGUUUUGGGAACAAACGAGCGAAUUAGUCGUUUGUUCGGUUGUUUUUAAGCUAUAUAUAUUUGGUUCGUAUGUACAGAAACGGAAUGGAGGCGCGGGAGGAACGGAGGGGAUGGAACAAAGCUGUAGAGAGGGAAAGAGAGAACAUGGAACAAGUGCGAAGAACUGGAGAAAUAAAGUGGAUGGGAGAUUCUCGUUGGAAGUGAUGAAAAACGACGAUCGAUGGGGCAUAAAAACUGAAACGCGAUGAAGAAGGGCGGAGGGUUGGUGGGAGUCAGCAUGGGCGAGCUUGUCAUUUUUUAUAUCCCAAUUGGUGGUUUUUCAUUAUUGGGGGUGAGUGUUUCAGUACUGCGUGUGCGGAGUUGAUCGAAUGCUCCUUUUCUCAAUCGCGGUUUGAUUUGGGUUAAUUGAUAAAUUUCAGGUUUUUUUUUUUCCUGAAAUUCGAACAUAUUUUGGCGAUACUCGUUCCGGGUUUCGGAGUCCGAAAUUUAGCACUAUUUCUUCACGUUUUUUAUUUGGGACACGCGCACAUAAAAGGGUUAUAGAAACGCGAUGAAACUGAGAUAUAUUUUUUUACGAGAAUUUUUCGUCGCUCGCGUUCACUGUUCCGCAAAUUUAAGGACUCAGACGCGAGAUUAAUCGAGGAACGAAGACGCGAGGCUUCUCCUCUUACGCUUCUCAAAGCCUUUAUUAUUAAGCUUCUCAACGCUCUCCUGCGAAUCGAAUACAGAGGACUCGAGCUAAACAAUGAACGUCGCGAGUCGAGAUUCGGAACGAAAUGUCCCGCACGACCCUGCACACGAACAGGAUGUGGGAAAACUUCCGCGAGAGGAAACUUAUUGCCUGAAGCGAGCUAACAUAUUUACCGUUACAGCGAUAUAAAAAUCCUCGAGUAAUCGAGGAAAACGUGACUCGCUGCGAGCUCCGCUCUCUCUCCUGUUUUCCAUAAGAAUUUCAAAUGUCGAGGCUUUAAUGAAAAAAUAUCACGAGAAUUAUACAUUUUUCAUAGAGGUCGCUCACGAAUAGAGAAAGAGAGAGAGAGAGAGAAAGAGAGAGAGUUCAACGCUAUCAAUACAUGAAUACGUACAUGAAUUAUUUAUCGUUCGGAGCAAUGAUUUAGUCAAACAACGAAGCUACGCGAGCGUUACGAAAUCUCUAAAUAAUGGAGCAAAAAAAUCGUAUUUGACUGGUUCACUCAAUAUUUGACAUGCGAAAGUGAUAUUUCCAAUAAACAAUUCAAUGCCCAACACAUCCAUUCGAUUCCUGUACAAAGUGUCUGGAAAACGUAACUUUGAGUCGCACGGAAAGGAGAAAACUGAUGGAUUUCAACGAGCGCAAAAAACUCUCGCUCUUUUCGCAUCCUAAUUGACUCGAAGCACUGCGCGGCGACGAGGCUCGUGUGUAUUUAUUAAUUGGGUUAAUCACAGGCCAAAGCAGCUCCAUCGCUGUCACGAAUCCGCGCCAUAAUUUCGUUAAAUAACAAAAUAAUCGGUAUGUGCGGGACGUUUGUGUGUUAAGUUUCGAUGACAGGAAAGAUCCAUUAGGCAUUAAAUUAGUAACACAGCGAAACGGGGAUUAACGAGGGAUGAGCGAAAGACACGCGAGUACCGUAUACACACACCACGUAGAUUAUCGAGGAAUGAGUGAAACGUGAGAAAUUCCGUAUGCACACGCGUUAUAACAAAACUAACUAUAAUUAUAUUCAUACGAGGAAUCAGGCUGAUCCAAGACUUGUCCUAAUGUUUGUAAUGCUGCAAGCACACGUUAUAUGCAUAUAUAUACAAGUAUAUAGACGAGAGACGAAGAGAGGAUUUCAAAUUAAGGAACAAAAUAACGAUAAAAAAGAAAAGAAAAAGAAGAAAAAAAACACAAACGAAGAGUUGAGACGGUGGUUCCAAUCGAACAUAUCAAGGCCCUCGUCGAAGGGCCAGCCAAUUACGAUCAUUCGAUUUCUCAAACAUGCGCUCCGUAUUGAGUUUUCGACUUUACCUAAUUAUUUGAACAAAUAGACAAACAGAAAAUCGAUAUUUGAAAAAAAAAAAAAAAAAAAAAAAAAACGUGGAGAAAAAGUGUUCGAGGUGGAACGGGCGUUGGGGGACGAGGCGCCUGGUGUUUUUGGGUCCCUUCUGAUUCGGAAAGUGUUCUUUCCCUCCGUGCACGCUGUGCAACGGAGCGCCUGCUCCGGUGGAAUAAAUCGAAAGGCUUCAACGACCGUUCCACGUCGAUGCGACGGGGGGUGUACCAACCAAGUACAGCAAGGGGUCAGAGAUCGAUUUUUCGUGCUGAUUGUACUAAAAGAAAUAGGAGAAAGAGGACGAAAGUAGUUAGAAAAAAGUGAAAUUUGGAGAAACGAAGAAGAACGCGCUCCGGGUGUCCGGUUAGGAGUAAAACGAAAGCGUAUUCAUUAAGCUCAUCUCAUAACUCGUUUUCUGCCUGAUCGAUCGAGCGCUCGAGCGACUUUAAUCAGACGCUAGAACCCGCAGGAAAAUAAGCGCCGACUGAGCUCGGCCGAGAGUUUAUCGACCAAGUAAAAUUCGACGGAGUGUUCCCCCGAGCUUUCCUUAUCGACGGAAGUAAAAUGUAGUCGGUCGAUAACACGAGGCCUUCGCAACCAAAGGAAUUAUCGGCGGCCGUUACACCGAUCGAAUCUCUUCCGAAGAAUUGGAUAUUCAAGAAAAAACGUCUCGAGCCCCGUCGAUCGCUCGUUCGAUCCGGCCGCGCGCGAGAGCUCAAUCCCCACAGCCAUGCAACCACAAAUGUAAAAUGUAUUAAAAAAUAAUAAUAAAAAAAAAAACAAACUCUUUCGUGAAACGAGAGUAGCUCGAACGGGGCGCGUACGAAGGUUCAAAAAAUCAUUUGUACGAUCACGAGCCAUCAACCGAAAACACCAACGCACACACACACACACACACACACACACACGCGCCCGCAACACAUCGUGCUGGAAAAAAAACGACAAAAAAAAAUUACGAAAAACAAAACAAAUAUAUUUUUUAUUACUUGGAUAAAAAGAAAUAAGAAAAUUGCCAUCUGACCCCAGUCACGCGCACGAGUAAGAUACAUUCCCCUCAAAAGACUACACCAACUAAACUAUUAAUUAUAAAGAUUACGCGAUAAUAAUAAUUAUUACAAAGGAGGCGACAACCACCACGAACAAAAAAAUGCUGUCGUCGAUCUAUAAUCCAGAUAACAAUGAAACAACGACGACCGAAGCAUAUAGUAGCGCGCACCGCCGAAAACGCUUGAAUAAAUUCAUUCCUAAAGCAUAAAAUCACAUCGCGCAUUGAGGUCCUCAUUAAUGCAAAUAAAAUAUAAUAAACCAUAGAAAUAUCUCUAGAAACGCAAGAACCAUGAAAAAGAGAGAAUAUAAAAUUCAACGGUAUGUAUGAACUCACUCGGUCCCAAUGUUCGAAGCGUUUAUUAAAGAAUGUCGGGAACAAAUCGACGCUUGUUGCAGUGUCUCUGAUAGAAUAUGAAAAUUCUCCAAAUGUCUUCUGACCAAAUGAUUGUGAAUGAUUGCCCUCCGAACGAACGAACUUAUUUGUUAUUUUUAGUAGCGAGUUAUCAAAGGAACGUAGAACUUUGAAACUGUCAAGAAUCGAGCCAGUGAAACUCUCGUCUUCUUUUGACUCACCGGAACUUCGGUCGUUCGCAAUCAUUCGUAAUUAUUACAGUACGAAAUAAUAAAUAACGAAUCAAUAUUCUAAUAGUGCCCUGCGCUGGAGUUUUCGCGAUGCAAACCCAAUUUGUCAUGUAACGAUUAUAACAAUGAAACUACUACGUAUGCCUACUUCUGUACAUAAAGACAAACCUAUCCAAUGAGAAGAAUAUUCGUGAGGGCACCAGUGUGCUCGCGUGUCCUCAUCAAUAUGUAAUAUACGAAGAAAAAAAAACAUGUAAGUUAAUAGCGGAGCCACGAGGUCACCUGCAUGCGUGGCAUUAGACCCUCAAUCCAGGAACGUCCGAAAAUAUCGUUCCUCAAUCUUUUACGUUCUUUUUUUUCGUUUUUUUACCCUCACGGUCCGCAACUUCGACCGUAUGAGAUACUUACUUGGUUCUGUUUCGUCGCGAGCGAGUCCAUGUAUGACCUGUGUGUGGCAAAUGCUAAUUUAAUGUGUGAUGGAACGCGCAUGUGUACGAUACACUCGUAUUCUUAAUAAAUAUGUCAAAGUGCUGUAAGUGUCAAUAUUACUUUUGGCAUCUCGCCUCUCAGAAGUUUGACUCGCGAUUAAAGGAACCUUUGGAUCGAAAUUAUAAGCUGAGUCGGGGCUCGGUUUGGGUACGAGCGAACGAGAAACUGGAGAAUUUCAUUAGGGAAUUCAUGAGCCAGCAAAAUGAAAUCGAGCUGAUGGUUAUUUGAAUUUUUAAUCAUGAAAAGAUGCAGGGGAAGAAGAAACUAUGGAAAUUGGAAUCUAACAUUUUUUCAGGUCCUCAGAAAUUAAAUAUUUCGAUGCCAGCAAUCGAGGAUGAUUAUUGUAAAGAGAUUCACGAGGCUCUUUCUCCCAUCGAAAGCUAACGUUCGGAGAGGUAGACCAAAUGGAAUAUCGAUGUUUUUCAGACACUCUGAUGUAUACGAUGCAGUAUAAAAAAAUGUAUGAUUCGGAGGCUGAGAGGAAGAUGAGAAAAAAUAUGUUGUUGUAAGUUAUUAUUAGAGACAAUUGAAUUGCCCAAACGUUGGUAAAUAAAUGAAUGAAAAUGAGUCCUCGCGACUCGUCCACUAA